AUGAGUGAUCGACAGGUGUUGGAUGACAUCGUGGGAGUCGGGUCAGGCAGCCCGGUCUCGGGUCCGUGGCGCUUGACGGUGUGGGAUGCGACAACCACCGGCAAGCUGUACGUGUUUAGUGAAGAACACGCCAACAAAGGCUCGUGUCCUCAGCAAAGACACUUUUCCUCUCUCGCGUCGGAAAUACUUCAGAAAACUAGUGGUGUGCAUGUGCUGGUGGAAAACUUCAUCCACGCCUAUGACAUCAUGACCCCUAAAACGGGGAUCAAGACAUCCGUCGCGCAAGCCUGCUCAGCGGUUGAUGUUGGGAUCCUCAACAAUCUCAGGAGCUGUCUCGAGGUGAUGAAGAUCAACUCUCGGCAUUGUCCCGGUGGGUGUGCGAAGCGCAUCCAUUUCAUCGACCCGCGUUGUGACAUGGUGUCGGUGCUCCCGGACGGGAAGUUGUUCGAGGCUAUAUCAUUCUACGCGCAACACAAGGCGUCCCAGGGGUCCUUCGAUGACGCCGUGUUGACGGUGUUUGAGUCGUUCGUGCAUCCUCUCUCGAGUCUCUUGCCGGACAGAGCAAACCUUGCUGGGAGACUUGUUGGCGUCUUUGAGACAUUCCGGAACAAAAUGACUCCGGAGCAGAGAGUGACCUUUGAUAGGAUAUGGGUGCGUGAUAUCACUGGUGGAAUUGCUGACAUUAAUGCCAAGUACGUGAAGCUUCACGAGAACUACUGCGCGUCGAGACGAAAAACAGCGCCAGCGCUUGCCGACUUUUCCCGAGACGUGGAAGAGAUCAAACAGAUCUACAAGAGAUACACCAACAAGUUCAUGGAUGUAUGGCUCCUCGCCCACAUCUUCAUGAUACAGAACACGGCUGGAUCCAAUGGAAUGGUCAUGUACCUGGGGUCGCUACAUGGGCUAGAGAUAGAAAAAUAUCUGAGUCUCCACGGACUUCGCAAAAUCCACCACUCGGAGAACCAACACCUAGAUUCUUGUCUACUCAUGAACCCCUAG